AUGAAGUCCCUCUUCCUGACCGCCGCGGCCUUGGCCGCUGUGUUGGCCGCCCCGGCCCCCGAACAGCUUUCGGGCCAAGCCCUUGUUGACUACGUCAACGCUAACACGAACCUGUGGAAGGCCGAAUUGAACACCAAAUGGACCCUUCCUCAAUUCAAGAAGCGUUUGAUGAAGUCUCAGUACGUCAAGGUCCCAGCUGGAGUCCCAGAGGUCACUCACUCUGAUGUUGUCUUCGCUGCCCCAGCCACCUUUGAUGCCCGUACUGCUUGGCCCCAAUGCAAGUCCAUCCAAUGGAUCCGUGACCAGUCUGACUGCGGAUCUUGCUGGGCUUUCGCUGCUGCCGAAAUCGCAUCUGACCGUCAUUGCAUUGCCAACGACAAGGUCCCGUUCAACUCGAUGCUUUCGUCUCAGGAUGUUCUCUCGUGCUGCGGAUACAAAUGCGGAGAUGGAUGCGAGGGUGGAUACCCGAUUGCUGCCAUGCAGUACUGGCAAUCCGAUGGACUUGUGACUGGAACCUCUUUCCUCGACCAUCAGGGAUGCCUGCCGUACUCGAUUGCCCCGUGCGGAGCCCACAACGGAACCUACAACAAGAAGUGCCCGGAUGACAUCUACCCGACCCCCAAGUGCGACAAGAAGUGCCAGUCUGGAUACUCCAACAGCUGGACCGCCGAUAAGCACUACGCUUCUUCCGCCUACAAGGUCUCCCGUCAGCCAGCUGCCAUCCAGGCUGAGAUCCAGAAGAACGGACCAGUUGAGGCUGCCUUCAUCGUCUACGAGGACUUCUACCACUACUCCUCGGGAGUCUACCACCACGUCUCUGGACAGGAGCUCGGAGGACACGCCGUCAAGAUCCUUGGCUGGGGAACCGAGUCUGGAACUGACUACUGGCUUGUUGCCAACUCCUGGGACACUGACUGGGGAAUGUCCGGAUACUUCAAGAUCCGUCGUGGAAACGACGAGUGCGGUAUGGAGGACGGUAUUGUCGCUGGACUGCCCAAGGUCAGCAAA